AAUUCAUUGAAAAAUUUAAUCCAAGAUCUAUCAAGUUCAAUACAAGAAACCAGAACUGAAAACAAUGUCAAGAUACGAGAAGUCAUGAAUCUACUAAGAUAUUAUCAAUCAAAAGAGGAACAAUGGACAAAAUAUGCUUUAAGGGAUAAAGAUAACAAUUAUACCCGAAAUCUUGUGACUAAUAUCAAGACACAUUCAAAUUUAUUGGUACUUGUAUGGGAACCUGGUAAACAAUCAAAUAUACAUGGCCAUCCAAACACUCAUUGCUUCAUGAAGAUACUAAAAGGUCAAUUACAAGAAAAGUUAUUCGAUCCGACAUCAUCAGAAAGUGAUAGAGUACUCAAAAGAACUACGACAUUACCAACAAAUUCAGUCGCUUACAUCACAGAUGAAUUAGGAUUACAUCAAAUGAAGAACCCCACAGCUGAUAUUGCAGUCUCAUUGCAUCUUUAUGUGCCCAAAUAUGAAGCUGGAUCUGGUGUUAAUUUA